GCUGCUGUGACCCUGUGCCAUGCCGCGACCCCCGCCCCUCCCCUGGCCACGCCGCGGGGUCCUGCAGCGGCGGGCAGAGGCAGGGCACGCCGCCACCAGAGGCCACCCAACGCCGCCGCCGCCGCCGCCACUAAACAAAACAAGCCGCCGCGGUGACGCUCACGAGGCUCACACAGGCGGAGGUGGACAGCGAGGCAGGAGGAGGGAGACAUAGGAAUGGUUAUACGUGUAGAUCUCCACAAAACUUGAAAAACUGGAUUUAGAAGAUCUGGGGGCUGGAACUACUGCUAACACGUCCUUACUCCACUCUGCCAGCCGUCUAACUAACUAGCAGUGCUUCCUGGUGGCUCGGAGCGAUGGGGGAAUCAAACACUAUGCCGAAGAAGAAAGACCACACUCCUGACCCUGACGAGCAGGAGGAGGAGGAGGAGUACUCGGUGGAGAAGAUCUUGGACAAGCGCAUCAGACACGGCCGCGUCGAGUAUUACCUCAAGUGGAAGGGUUACGGCGAUAACAGGAAACAUCAUCAACACGUGCCCCUCCACACCCACAGUGAGGAUAACACAUGGGAACCCGAAAACCACCUGGACUGCCCUGAGCUAAUCUCGGAGUUUGAAGAGAGACGGAAGAAAGAUGACGCCAAAAAGAAAGAGGACAAAAAGCGUAAGUCACAGGUGACCGAUGAUGCCGCCAAACGAAAACCAAAGAAGGCGGUGGAGGAGGACACACGACCUCGAGGGUUCGACAGAGGGCUUGAGGCAGAAAGGAUCAUCGGUGCGACAGAUUCCAGCGGGGAGUUGAUGUUCCUGAUGAAGUGGCGUGGCACAGACGAAGCAGACUUGGUGCCAGCUCGACAGGCCAAUGUGCGCUGCCCACAGGUGGUGAUCAAGUUCUAUGAAGAGCGUCUCACUUGGCACUCCUCCACCAAUGACGAGGAGGAGGGGAACCACGAUGCGGACUAAGUUCUGGCUGGGCAGGCACCACUAGCCAGCCAUCCACCACCACCACCACCACCACCAGCCACAGCACUAUCAGCACUGCACAGCUGCUACCACUAGGUUUUGUUGUGGAGGCAGUCGUUGCUGUACUGAAGCUGUUAUUGCUGUUGCUGCUGCCACUUCCUCCUCCUCCUCCUUCUUCCUUUUCUUCCUUGAGUACACAGGGAUUACAGUAUGUGGAAUAUGACUUUUUUUUUCAUUUAUCAUCAAUUCCUCUCUUCCUCCUGUAGUGUUUUGUUGGUAGUACUGACAUCUCCACCUCUGAUCAUGAAGCAGCCAUCAGCAGUAGCUUUUAGGAAGUUAGUCUUUACUAUUUUUAGCUUACAGUCAUAUAGGUGUGGCUGCUACUUGUAUUUUUUUAUUCUGUUAUUUUUUCAUCUUGACUUAUAUGUGAUAAGCUGUGCUAAAGAAAUUUGUAUGUCCCUGGGUCAAUUUUUAUAUCGGAUCAAGUUUUGGGGUGAUUCAUGCCUGUUCGUUGAAUUGAAGAACAAGUAAACGGCUGCCAGGCUGGUGUGGCGCCCUCCACCCUUCUCUCCUUCCCUUCCGGCCCCUCAGGCCUCCCCACAGGCCCACAGGCAGAACUUUUUUACCCAAACAAUCUCAUCUGAAAGCAGUCUGUGUGGCCGCCAACUCAAUGUCGUGUACAAGUCUAUUUUUAAUAGGAAUACUUUCUAAAGUGGAAGUCCUUCAUUCAUAUACAAACCAUUUUUCCUAUAUCAGUUAUUGUCUGAAUCUGUUUGUCUAACUCAGAGAUUCCACAGUAGUGUUUAAUUUUAUACAUGCUUCCUUUCAUCUUCAUGAAUAAAAUGACAAAUUACU